AUGGCCUGGAUCAGCAAUGUCUCCUGGUUUAAUCACCUUGCUCUACAUGAAGAACGUCUCAGGAGGUACUUAAACAGCACUGAGGAUUACUUAGCCUUCCUCUGUGGGCCCAGACGGAGCCAUCUGUUCCUGCCCAUGGCGUUGGUGUACACCCUGAUCUUCGUCGUUGGGGUGGUAGGCAACUUCUUAGUCUGCCUGGUGAUCCUCAAGCACCAGAACAUGAAGACCCCAACCAAUUACUAUCUCUUCAGCCUUGCCGUCUCAGACUUGCUCGUGCUGCUUUUCGGGAUGCCGCUGGAAGUUUAUGAGAUGUGGAGCAACUACCCCUUCUUGUUUGGGCCUGUGGGCUGCUAUUUCAAGACAGCACUCUUCGAGACGGUGUGUUUUGCCUCCAUCCUCAGUGUGACCACAGUCAGCGUGGAAAGAUAUGUUGCCAUCCUCCAUCCUCUCCGUGCCAAGCUGGAGAGCACUCGCAAACGUGCCCUCAGGACCAUCGUGGUGCUCUGGGUCCUCUCUGUCCUCUUUGCCCUCCCCAACACAGGCACCCAUGGCAUCAUGCUGCAGUAUUUCCCCAAUGGCACCCUGGUUCCCGGCUCUGCUACCUGCACUAUAGUCAAGCCCAUGUGGAUCUACAACUGGAUUGUCCAGAUUACUGCUCUUCUCUUCUAUGUCCUGCCCAUGGGGGUAAUAAGUGUGCUGUACUAUCUGAUGGGGCUAAGAUUGAAAGGAGACAAAUCUUUGGAAGUAGAGGAAAUGGCUGUGAAUGUUCAGAGACCAUCCAGGAAAUCAGUCACCAAGAUGUUGUUUGUCCUCGUGAUAGUUUUUGCUAUCUGCUGGGCUCCGUUCCAUAUAGAUCGACUCUUCUUCAGCUUUGUUGUGGAAUGGACUGAGCCUCUGGCGAAUAUCUUCAACUUAAUUCAUGUGGUGUCAGGUGUUUUCUUCUAUCUGAGCUCUGCCGUGAACCCCAUCAUUUACAAUCUGCUGUCCCAGCGUUUCAGGAUGGCUUUCCUCAGUGUGAUUUCUCCUUGCUGCGAGCAUUGGGCCCCUAAGCAUCCCACCAGCAAGAUGUCUGCCCAGCAGAGCAUCUUCAUGGUUGAGGACCGCAAUCUCAUGGACUCUGCUGAAGACUCAAGUCUCCCUGGCACGCACAGGACAUCUGUCAGCAGCUCCCAGCUCUCCACUGGGCUGUGA